UAAAAUAUAUGGUCUAUUAAAUGAUGUUGUGAUUUACUGACCUGUACCAGUGGAACAAAUUGGAUAGAAAUUUAGAACUUUCAAAACGUGCGCUGCUCCUUUAAGAAAUCAAAACCAGCGCUUCGUAUCCUAGGAGAAGUUUUGUGUACUUCCGGGUUGUCGCUGCUGAGAUCACCAACACUCCCCGACCACCGAACAAAGCGGAUUAAAGUUCUGUAGAGAUGGCAGAUGAGGCAGAAGACGAAAUACCCGAGUCUGGAGCAGUUUUCACGUUUGGAAAAAGUAAGUUUGCUGACGACAUGCCCAGUGUGUUCUGGCUAAAGAACGACGUUCCUGAGAGGAUCGCCUGUGGAGAUGAGCAUAGUGCCUUGGUCACAGGAAACGGGAAGCUCUUCAUGUUCGGCAGUAACAACUGGGGCCAGCUGGGCCUGGGCUCCAAGCAGACAGUACAGAAGCCCACCUGUGUCAAAGCUCUGAAGGGUGAGAAGGUUCGGCUAGUGGCGUGCGGACGGAACCACACUUUGAUCAGCACUGAGCGGGGACACGUGUUUGCGUGCGGCGGGAACGGUGAAGGCCAGCUGGGACUCGGUGACUGCGAGGAGCGGACCGCCUUCCAGAGGAUCGGCUUCUUCCAGGCACAUGGACCAAUCAAGAUGCUGGCAGCCGGGUCCAACACCUCCGCCGCCCUGACAGAGGGCGGGAAGCUGUUCAUGUGGGGCGAGAACUCCGAGGGUCAGAUUGGGCUGGGGAAGCGGAGCCAGGUGACCCGGCCACUGGAGGUCAGCGUGGGCCGGCCGGUCAGCUGGGUGUCUUGCGGAUACUACCACUCCGCUCUGGUGACAGCUGACGGAGCGCUGUUCACCUUCGGGGAGCGGGACAGCGGGAAGCUGGGGCUGCGGCCGGAGCGGCUGGCUGGACACCGGGUCCCGCAGCGGGUGGAGAGCAUCACGGAGCCAGUGCUGCAGGUGGCCUGUGGCGGCAGCCACACGGUGGCGCUAACAGACAGCGGCGACAUCUACUCGUUCGGCCUGGGUCAGUUCGGCCAGCUUGGCCUUGGGACGUUUGUGUUCGAGUCGCAGCUGCCGCGCCCCGUCCAGCGCUUCCAGGCGGGCCGGCCAACUCGGGUGACCUGCGGGGAGAGCCACACUGCCGUCCUCACAGACACGGGGCUGCUGUACUCGUUUGGUGACGGCCGACACGGGAAGCUGGGCCUGGGCGACCAGAACUUCACCAACCGGUUCCACCCGGCCGUGGUUCCCCGCUUCCUGCCGCUCGCUGUCCAGGCCGCUGCGUGCGGAGGCUGCCACAUGGUGGUUCUGGCCCAGCCCAGAGGACCCGGCUGCUCCGCCGUCACGCUGGAGGACAGUGCAUUCGACUUCCUGGGGGAACCGACCGCCACGCUGCAGCGCAGCCUCUCUGCCCGGGUCCGCCGCAGGGAACGGGAGCGAUCUCCGGAGCAGUUUGGACCCGCGGCCCGCUCGCUCCCCGCCAGAACCUCGGGCGUCCUGCAGACGCCACUUCCUGCCUUGGGCCAACUGGACAAGAACUCAUUGGACAAGAAUCGCAGGCCGGUUCUGCUGCCUCCGUCUGAACCGGAUCAGAACCAGCAGAGCCACAGGCCUGUUCCUAACGGGAGUCAGCACUUUGGCCCAGACGGCGACCAUCAGGGGCAGACAGGGGGCGAUAUGGAGAGCCUGACAGACUGCGACAGUGUGAGAGGACUGGGAGAAACCACUGACUUCUUGAACCUGACUCAUGUGAUGAAGAUGGAUCCCAGCGACAAAACACUCAGCCUGUCUCCACUGCUGAAGAGGAAGGGUAAGCAUGCUCAGCCAAUCAGAGAGCAGACUGCUCGACCAAUCAGAGAACACUCUGCUCAACCAAUCAGAGAGCAGAGAAAGGACAGGAAGUUAUUGGCUAGCCGGGCGUUACACACCCAGUUCCAGAAGGGCAGCGACACUCACUCUCUGUCCGCCCAGCACAAUCAGAACCAGAGGAGGAUCAGUCAGAACCAACAGAACCUCUUGUCAUUGGAUCAUAAGAACAAAGCAGUCAGACAGGCCGGGUCCAAAACCCAGCUGACUGGGACAAAACCAGCUGCGGACUGGGACAAGCAUCCAGAACCCAGAAGGAAUGCUUCUAAGUCCGGUCCAGCCGGACCAGAGUCCAAAGCUGGUUGGCUGACCAUAGAGAGCUGUCAGCCAAUCAGUGACGAGAGAAACGCUUCCCACUCCAAACCAAACCCAGAUUCAUCCAAAAGAUCCAAAAACGAGCGAAACAGGAAGGAAGCUGCAGCCCAGAGGAAGUGCUCAGGUGGGAGUACGCUGGCCGGCGCCGCCAUCCUGGCAGCAGGGGGCGCUGUUCUGGUCCAGCAGCUGGCCUCCAGGAGGCGGGGCAGUGCUCCAAAUCCGGAUUCAGGCCCGGAAGAGUUUGAAUCUCUGUCUGCUGAGAUUAACCGCAAGUCAGCCGUCAGCAUCAACGUCAUUCUUGCAUCAGAGAGUCCACAGCAGGAGGAAGAGGAAGAGGAAGAACAGGAGGAGGAGGAACAGGAGGAGGAGGAACAGGAGGAGGAGAAAAGGUGGAGAACCAGCUCAGAGAAGGAAGAGGAGACUGGAUCUGCUUCAACCGGACAAGAGGAGGAGGAGGAGGAGGACACAGACAGUGAGACUCCUCAACCAGGAGAUCAGGCUGAGGAAGAUGAGAGUACUGCUGAGGAAGAGGAGGAGGAGGAGGAAGAGGAAGAAACCAGUGGAGCCACAGAGAGUGAAAACGAGACAGAAGAAAAAGGAAGCAAAGGAGUAGAUAUGGAAGAGGAAGAGGAAGAAGAAGGGUCAAGUCAGGAGACUCAGAGCAAAGGAGCAAUGAGUGAUGAAGAGGAGCAUAGCAGUUUAAAAAGUGAGGAAGAGGAGGAUGACAGCGACACUUUAAAGUCAUCACAGGAAACAGAGGGGAAAGAGGAAGAGGAGGAUGACAACGAAACUUUAAAGUCAUCACAGGAAACAGAGGGGAGUGAGGAAGAGGAGGAGGAUGCAAGAAAUAAGAGAGAUGGUGAGGAUGAGGAGACAGAGGAAGAAAGUGAAGAAGAGGAGGAAGAGGAAGGAGAAGAAGAGGAGGAAGAGGAAGGAGAAGAAGAGGAGGAAGAGGAGGAUGUCGUGAAGAAGAGGAACGCUUCAGUGAGGAAGCAGCAAAGCAGAAAAUCUGCAGCUGGAGGAAGACGAGGAAGAGGAGUUCCCGGAUGAAGUUUUACCUGCAAUAACAUCAAUCAAUCAUAACCUGGUCUCCAUGGAAACCUGAGAUCUUGCUCCUCCUCUGAAGCUCCUUGGUGUCAGAACCUGUUUCCUCUCAGGUUCAACCCUGAGCUGGGUUUAACAGAGUACUGAUAGAGUAGGGGAGAAGAAACGGGCUUUAUUUUUAGGGUAAAUCCAGGUAGAAGCAGCAGGAUUAAAACCAGCAGGAUUUUAGUUUUUUAGAACUUUAUAGUUACUUGCUAGAAAUUACACAUUACACACGUUAUUUGACCAAACUUGUAAGAAUAUUUUGUAAAUCCUUCAGGAUAUUUCAUAAAAUUUUCAGGAUAUUUUCUAAAACUUUCUGGGUGUGAGUCACCCGUUUUGGUAACAAUUCUGAGAAAGUUGAAGACAGCAUUAUUUCAAGUUUUUAUCUCAAUGGUUUCCAGUUAAAGAAAAUGGGAUUAUUUUUCAUAAACACGUCUGUGGUUUCUGUGUUUUCGAUCUUUAAAGUCAUAUUUCACAGCUUGAUGUUUAAGUUGGGAUGUAAGUUGUUUUGCUUUUCUUUUCAUGUGGUUUGUGACCGAAUUUGACUUCCAUAUGCUCUUAUUUUUGUAUUGAGUUUUCUGCUUUUUAAUAACUUGCUUUGACUUUAGUCGCUGUGCCUUUUGCUUCCGUUUCUCUCAUAAUAUUGUUCUGUUCAGUUCAGCUCAGCUGCUUUGCUCUUUUUAUCUUUUAUUAUUCUCGCUUUGGUUUUCACUUUUCUUGUGUCUGGAGUCGUGAUGUCCGACUUUUUGUUCUUCUCUGUUUUGUUUGGAAUGUUGGAAUGUUUCUGCGUUCUCAUGUUUUUAACAUGUUUUAAUGAUUAAUAAAUCAAAGCUGCAAGCAGGACUGAUCAACAGCUCCGUUCAUGUUCAUGAUGAUGAAGGCAGGAGAGCUUAGCCUCCGUAGCAACCGGUCAGCAUGUUUAUGGCGGCUAGUGGUUGCCAUGGAAACCGGGUGUGCCUACAGCACCGCUCUGAUUGGAUCAGGCGUUCAGCUGAGACGGACACAAAGUUUUCUAGAGGCUGAACAAAAUCAGGAUGUGCGUCACGUCAUAUUUAUACCCCAGGAGGGAAAAAAGAAUCGCUUAUUAAAAGUUCCUACAUCAUUAAAUAAUAUAAUGUUUUAACAGUAUUGGGGAUGACUUCUGUUAUCAUGUUCACUUUGUUUUUGUUUGUAGCUCACAGUAAAUUCAUUUACUGAUAAUAUUAGUGGUUCUGAACAGUCUUCCUGUGGCGCUCCAUGAAGGCUACAAAAUAAAACCUUUCAACGUGUAAAAACUUUGGAGUUUUGACUGGAAAAGCAAGUGAGCCAGAACGGCAUCCUUCUGGUAAACUAAGGCUAAAAACUAUUAGUUCAAGCUCUGAUUAAAUCCAGGUUUUAGAUAAGUUUAUGAAAAGUCAGACUUGGAUCCAGUUUGUUGUUGUUCUGAUGAAUAAAAGAGACUCCAGGCUGUCGGAUCAACCCAGAAACAAACCAGCUUCACCAGAUAUUUUCCUGAUUCCAGACUUUUCUGUAUCGGAAAGCCAUUAUUAGUGAGUUGAAGCACCACAAGAGAGCGCUGUAGAGCUAAUGUUUUCACUGCCAGAGGAGAGGAUUCACAAUCAGGUUGGGCCACUUUUCUUCCUCCAGCGACCCAGUUUGUGUGCUGGUUACCCCACCUUUACCCCCAGCUGUGUGUUUCCUCUGCUUGUGUAGCUGUAGGUUGAGUUUCCCAAUUCCCUCUGCUAGCAGAGCGCUAGCGAUUCCCAGCAGCUCUAAAAAAAAUAAUUAAAUGUGUAAUUUGUGUUUUAUGGGCGUCAGGACGCGGUGGAGACAGCUGAAGAAGAGGAGGACAGAGCUGGUGAUGAAGAGCAGACUGGGACAUCUUCGUCGGCAGAGA